GCGGGAGCUGCUGCAGGAGCUGCAACGGGAGCAGCAGCAGCAGCAGGUGCAACGGGAGCAGCAGCAGCAGCAGCAGCAGGUGCAACGGGAGCAGCAGCAGCCGCCACUCGUUGGGUAUUUUAGGUCAGAUCAGACAUAUUGCAAAGAUGCCGGAAAUAAACACAGAUAACCUCGAUGAGCAGCAAGUGCAACUUUUGGCCGAGAUGUGCAUUCUUAUAGACGAAAAUGAUAACAAGAUUGGUUCUGAAACAAAGAAGAACUGCCAUCUGAAUGAAAAUAUUGACAAAGGAUUAUUGCACCGAGCAUUCAGUGUCUUCUUGUUCAACACAGAAAAUAAAUUACUCCUGCAGCAGAGAUCAGACGCUAAAAUCACUUUCCCAGGUUGCUUUACCAACACUUGUUGCAGUCAUCCACUGAGCAAUCCAUUAGAACUGGAGGAAAAUAACGCCAUCGGAGUAAGACGAGCAGCUCAGAGGCGUUUACAGGCGGAAUUAGGAAUUCCAAUGGAACAGGUUCCUCCAGAAGAAAUUUCCUAUCUAACACGAAUCCACUACAAGGCUCAAUCUGACGGAAUUUGGGGAGAACAUGAAAUAGAUUACAUCCUGUUUGUGAGGAAGAACGUAACUGUUGAACCAGACCCCAAUGAGAUCAAGACCCACUGCUAUGUGACAAAGGAUGAACUAAAAGAUCUCCUGAAAAAAUCUGCCGAUGGUGAAAUCAAGAUUACUCCGUGGUUCAAAAUCAUUGCCGAGAGUUUUCUCUUUAAGUGGUGGGAUAACUUGAAUCAUCUGAAUUCAUUUGUUGAACAUGAGAAAAUAUAUAGAAUGUAAAAAUAGGGGCAUGAUCAGAAAGGUGGGAGGAAUGAUUGUAUGUGCAAAAAGAAAGAUCUGCUGUCAUCAGUUUCUUUAGGAGAAUCGUCACUAAAAUUGCAUCCUUAUGCUUCCACUACUGGAUUCUUUGUAAAUGACCCCUGCUAAUCAACUGUAAAUAACUGUAGAUGAUUUGUAUGAAUACACAGCUGUGAAAACUGUGUCUAGGAUGAACUUUUUUCUUUUUAAAAAAAAAGCUUUUUAGUUUCUUUAACUAUCCCCAGGGUUUACUCUAUCUUUCUGGGGGUUUGAGUCUGUAAACUUUUAUAAUGUAAUUAGUACUGUUUUCCUUUUUGAGGUACAGAAGUUCAUUGUACUCUUUUUGGGAAAGUGUUUAUUAAGUAUUUUCCUUCAGGUGAACACUGUUAUUAAAUAGUCCAAACAUGGUUUUCCAAAAUAAUGACCCCUGUAAGUACAACUGGUUUGGUAAAACUACAUCUACAAGGAUUUGGACUUUGGUAGGGCUAUUUAGAAUUAAGUAUGGAAAAGUCAUCUCACUUAAGCAAGCUUGACAAGGUUAAUUGAUACCAUUCUGGGUAAUAAUGAAUAGAAUUUUUUUUGCCCUUUGUCAGACAAGAUUUGAUACCCUGAGAAUAGGAUGUUAGAUUAGCUCUAUAUUUGGCAAAUUACCUAGGAAAUUCCUGUGAGAUACUCAUUAGCUUCAAUUAGCAGCCAUUUUGGGCCCAAGGAUACCCAGUCACAUGCUAAACAAAUACCAUAAAAAUUCUGUCAAAUACCCAGGUAAAUCAUAGUAUUGGAAGCCAAAAAUAAAAUUACCUCUUUUCCUUCA